GAACCGAACUAAUCUAUCGUGGCGUGGCACGACGCUCACGUCGCGAACGCGACCGCGGGCACCUGCGGAAGGGCAGGGAGAACUGAAGAACCCUGCGGCUCGGCUCCGCCGUCACGCCACAUGGACAUCAAGGAGCGGAUCCGCCGCUCGCCGCCGUCGUCGCCGCAGGCUGUGGGGGAGGCGGCGGCGUCCGCGCCCGGACACCCGCGCGGGAGGAAGGCCCGGGUCGCGGUGCUUCCCCUGUCAGUCGCCUGCGGGGUCACGCUGUUGUUGCUCGCGGGCGUCUCCGCCGCGAGGAGGGGUGCCCAAUUCUCCGGCGCGGAUCCUACCACUCUCUCCGGCAACGACGAUCGUGGCGGCUUUGAACAGGCCGGGCCGCGCGAUGGAGAGCAUGCAACUACGGUGUCUUCCAAAGUUCAAAGGGACAAACUAAUUGGUGGCUUGUUAGCUCCUGGUUUUGAUGAACAGUCAUGUCUAAGUAGAUACCAAUCAGCAUUGUAUCGUAAAGAGUCGCCCCAUUUAGUAUCAACCUACCUUUUGGAAAGACUGAGAGAACAUGAGGUUCUCCAGAAGAAAUGUGGCCCAUAUACAGACUCAUACAAGAAAGCUAUUGAGCAACUGAAUUCUGGUCAGGAUAUAAUGGUUGGAGAUUGCAACUAUUUGGUGUGGGUAUCUUAUAGUGGUCUUGGUAACAGGAUCUUGACUAUUGCCUCAGCAUUUCUCUAUGCCAUCCUUACAAACAGAGUUCUACUUGUAGAUGGAGAUAAAGGCACUGCAGAUCUUUUCUGUGAACCAUUCCCUGAAACUUCAUGGGUAUUACCGCCGGAUUUCCCUAUUACUAAAUUUAAGAACUUCAGUAUUGGCUCCCCUGAGAGUUACGGAAACAUGGCGAAAACUGAAGCUAUUCAUUCUGAUGGUUCUUUUAAGGGUCCUAAACCUGCCUUUCUAUAUCUUCACCUGGCUCAUGACUAUGAUGAUCAUGAUAAGCUUUUUUUCUGUGAACAUAGUCAGCAACAUCUCCAGAAGAUCCCAUGGCUGAUCUUAAGAUCCGAUAAUUACUUUGUACCUUCGCUUUUUCUGAUCUCAUCAUACCAAGAGGAGCUCACGAGGCUGUUUCCGCAGAAAGAUGUUGUCUUCCAUCACUUGGGACGUUACUUGUUCCACCCUACCAAUGCUGUGUGGGGCUUGAUUACAAGGUACUAUGAUUCUUAUCUUGCCAGAGCUGACGAGAAGUUAGGUAUCCAGAUCAGAGUCUUCGAUACUGAAACCGGUCCAUUUCAGCAUGUCUUGGAUCAGGUCCUUCAUUGCACACUGAAGGAAAAAUUACUACCAGAGAUCAACGCGCAACAGCCAAUUAUCUCGACAGGGAACAUCAAGUCUAAAGUUGUUCUGAUUACUUCUUUGAACUCAGGAUACUACGAAAGGAUCAGGAACAUGUACUGGGAACAUCCGACUGAGAAUGGUGAGAUGAUUAGCUUCCAUCAGCCAAGCCACGAGGAGCACCAGGAUUCAGACAAGACAAUGCAUAACAUGAAAGCAUGGGCAGAGAUUUAUCUGCUGAGCUUAUCUGAUGCUAUGGUAACAAGUGCAUGGUCAACUUUUGGAUAUGUAGCUCAGGGUCUGAGUGGUUCGAAGACGUGGCUUCUGUUCAAGCCUGAAAAUCGCACUGCGCCUAAUCCACCUUGCCGUCAGGUCAUGUCUAUAGAACCGUGCUUUCAUGCUCCGCCUUUCUAUGAUUGCAAAACUAGGAAGGGAACUGACACAGGGAAGCUUGUUCCACAUGUAAGACACUGUGAAGAUAUGAGCUGGGGGCUCAAGCUAGUUGAUACAGGUACAUAGGUUCAGGUUUGUAUUUAUAUUGAAGGCAAGGUUUGAGCGACACAGUUAAUACAAAAUGGCAUAGGGGUGUUUGUUUGGGAUUAUAUAAUCUGGCUAGAUUAUAAUUCCAAACAAACACGUAUGCUGACUGUGGUCAGGUAAGUUUAGCGCAACUAUAACGGUUCUGUCCGUACGAAUUAUAUGUGUCUCUUAUAACAUGUGUUCACGCAAUUAUAGCAUGCUUGAACUGGGCAAAAGUCGACCAAGAAAAUAAAAAGUGAGCAAAUAUACUGAGGACUACGAUCAAUCGCCAAAGAACGAUAAGCUGUACUAAUUUCCUUCUCCCCCCCUGUCAUUAGGAGCUAUUAAUACAGUUCGUCAGUUAUUGAAGUUUUUACUCACUGUUCAUGACAAAAAUUCGCAAGGAGCACAUUCGGGUUAAGGGAUAACUCUAGAGCAUCGGACUAAUCUAUGAAACUAUCUGUUGAAAACACGAAGGAAAGAAGAUCAGUGUCAGACAUGACAAGACGAAGUCUGAUUGCUUUCAAAGCUACCUUCACGAAAGGAGGAAUCAGAAGGGGAUACUAGAGAAGAAAAGACAUAUAUGG